AUGCCUCUUGUUGAUCUACGCAUUGAGCUUCCUGCGUACUCGCAUUCAUUCACAGUUCAAGUUCAGCAGUCAUCCACCAUCCGUGAUGUCAAGCAUGAGAUCACCAAGUGCUGCCCCGGAGCUCCUCGGCCGGAUGGUCAACGGCUCGUGUGCAGAGGGCGCUUUCUGAACGACGAGGAGAAGGUGCUGGAUAUAUGGAAGUCCCCUGAAGAUUCACGAGUCAUCCACCUCGCCGUCCACCCGUCAAGUUGGUCCUCUGCUCCUCCGUCGCUCUCGUCACAGUCGACGUUUCCUAGUGCCCAACCCCAACAUGCGCAGCCGUAUCCUCCACGGCAGCAUCCAUCGUCUUCUUCUCCGCAACCAUCACAAUCAACAUCAUUGCCUUCUAACUCGCCUCUGCUAUAUGUGGUCUUGAGGCACAACUUAGCCCUCUCUGUUCUCAGACCGAAUGUCAAUGCUGCGCCCCUGCCGCAGAAUCAUGGCCAGUGGCGGUCAGCGUCUAUGACUUGGCUUCGGAACCAUGGUUGGUCGUGGCCGAGUGUAAUAGACGAGGAGUUUCCGCCGUCGGAAAGAAGUGGGCAAGGACUCAAUUAUGAGUGUGUAUCCAUGAACAAUGUGCGUUAUCUCAUGCUAGCGACGCCCACAGCGACACCGACGCCAGCCCAGAUACACGCAUUCAAGAUAUUGUCACACACCUAUGCGAUCCUCUCCUAUGCUCUUUCCUCGCCGGAUUCUGCACAUGCUGCACCCCCUUCCAGCUACACUUACAGUUACACCGUCGCCGUUCCCCUCACCAAUCUCAACAAUCACCUCCAACAAGUAGGCCUCCCUCCUCUGCGCCUCGCGCCCGGACCAAACGCCAACCCAAAUGAUCCCAACAAUCCGUUGGCAGCGGCAGCUGCGGCCGAGAUGCGUGCGAUACCUCUGCGCGCCUUAAUUAUUCCCCUCAUCAUGCUCGUCUUCCGCACUCUGCUUGUCAUCUACUUCUUCUCGCCUUCCAAACGUCCACUGUUUGGUAUCAUCAUCAGCGCGUGGAUCUUGUACGAAGCAUGGGGUGCGAUGCGGAUCGUGCUCGGGGAUGAUAGAGGGAGGGCCGCGCCACCAGGUGGCGUUGAAGGCAAUGGAGCGUUGGGCGCGCAUGGUGCAGGCCCAGCCCCGAAUGCUCAGGGAGGAGGACAGCCGGCUCCUGGCCAACCUCAACGUGCUCGAGGCGGCCGCAACGCAAGCCAGAGUCACGCGCACACAUUUUUGAACACCUUAUCCAAAUCGAACCUUGACACGGAGGAAGCCAGCCUGGAUGCAGACUAUCCUGUACCGGUCCCUGCACCUAGUCUUGGCCAUAAGAUCAGAACAUUCGUAGGCUUACUGUUCCUGACGCUCCAUCCCGCGACGUGGGACCAUCGGCGUGCGUUGCUGCGGCGGAGGGAAGGACGUAUUCGUACGGAAGCGAAUGCUCGGGAUGCAGCACCCACUGGCGAAGAACAGGACGAGGCUCACGCAAAAGCUCGGUUGGAUCUGGUUACUCGACACGAGAGGCGGCCGGCUUGGAUAAAGGAGUAUAUCCGUAGGGUGCAAACGACGGAAUGGUUAGAUGAUGCUUGA